AACCCUGCACGUGACGCAGGCGGAGGAAGGCAAGAGACUACGCCACCUGGGGCGGUACAACGUCAAGGGGUAAAUGUGUAAGGCGCUCUUUCCUCCAAAUGUGGCUUGUGCAGUAGGGAGAGGUCCCCUAUCUUCUACCCAACCGUGAAAUUCAGUCGCCCGCUGGAACAGCUCCGGGGAAGUCCCGGUGGGUGAGGCAACGUGGUGCCUUGUCCGUUUCUCGUAGCCGGUCGGGAGGGGGAGAAGCAACCCCAACGGGCAGUGGGCAGAAAUGCCAAACUUCAGUUUGAGCGGGGUCCGGAGCCAAAGGAGUUAAAAUAAACGACUCCCCCACUUCCCUCCUCCCUAAAACGUCGGUCCCGCUAGCCAUGAGCAGCCGCGAUCACCUGUUCAAAGUGCUGGUGGUGGGGGAUGCCGCAGUGGGCAAGACGUCCCUGGUGCAGCGGUAUUCCCAGGACAGCUUCAGCAAACACUACAAGUCCACGGUGGGAGUGGAUUUCGCUCUGAAGGUGCUCCAGUGGUCUGACUCAGAGGUGGUGCGCCUCCAGCUGUGGGAUAUUGCAGGCCAGGAGCGCUUCACCUCUAUGACCAGACUUUACUAUCGGGAUGCCUCUGCCUGUGUUAUCAUGUUUGAUGUUACCAACGCCACUACCUUCAGCAACAGCCAGAGAUGGAAACAGGACCUGGACAGCAAGCUCACACUGCCUAAUGGAGGGCCAGUGCCCUGCCUGCUCUUAGCCAAUAAGUGCGAUCUAUCCCCUUGGGCAGUGAGCCGAGACCAGGUUGACCGGUUCAGUAAAGAGAACGGCUUCACAGGUUGGACAGAAACAUCAGUCAAGGAGAACAAAAAUAUUAACGAGGCGAUGAGAGUCCUCAUUGAAAAGAUGAUGAGCAAUUCCAAAGAAGAAAUGUCUUUGUCCACCCAAGGGAACUACAUUAACCUGCACACCAAGCCCACCUCCAGCUGGACCUGCUGCUGAUAGCAUUUGGCUUGUGUUUGCUCCCAGUCCUAGGAGGUCUUUCUCUGCCUUUUGGUUACCCACCCAGCAAUUUUACUAAGCACAUUUGAACUGUCUCUUGCCAACUAUCUGGUAAGGAGGGCCAUCGUCCCUAAGAAAAAACACCUUGGACCCUUGUGUGUUUCUGCUUCUACAAGUUGCCUCUUGCUUGCAGCUGGCUUCCAGGGCUCAGUCGGUGCCCUCGGUAGAAGAAAAACUGUCUCAUCCCUCAAUUUGUGAGCUGGGAUUUUGUAGGAAGGAUUAGAAAUCAGCAUCUAUAUUUUAAGGAUCAUCAUUCUCACGUG